AUGUCUACCAGAUACGUCGAAAACGCCCGUAAAAUCCUCUGUAUUGGCCGCAAUUAUGCAGCCCACAUCAAGGAGCUUAACAACACUGCACCCCAACAGCCAUUUUUCUUUUUGAAGCCAUCUUCUUCUGUUUUGAAGCCUGACAAUGGUCCAUUUUUGGUCCCCAAGGGUGCCUCGGUGCACCACGAGGUGGAACUAGGAAUUGUCUUGAACCGAGACUUGAAAAAUUUGCCCGAUUCGUUCUCUGCUGAGGAUGCCUUGGAGGCUAUCGAUGGAUAUGCGCUCACUAUCGAUAUGACGGCCCGGAACGUUCAGGACGAGGCAAAGAAAAAGGGUCUUCCAUGGUCGAUUGCUAAGGGCUUCGACACAUUUUUGCCAUUGUCAAAUUUCAUCCCCAAAGAGCGUAUCGCUGAUCCAUACAACGUCACUUUAGAGUUAUCUGUCAACGGCGAGACCAAGCAAAGCGACAAGACCGACUUGAUGAUUUUCCCGAUUCACAAAAUCUUAAGUCAUAUGUCAUGCAUGAUGACGUUGCAAAAGGGUGACUUGAUCUUGACUGGCACUCCCAAAGGCGUGGGUAGAGUGAACCCAGGAGACAGAGUUCAUGCCUCUUUGUCUGUAGAUGGUAAAGUUUUGGAACAGAUUGAAUUCGAUAGUGUUGAGAAAGAUGGUCCUUAUGUAUACAAGGAAACCUGA